AUAUAUUUUACUCUAAUAUUAAUUUAGUUUUAAUUAGACUUAUAAAAUAUCGAAAAAUAAAAUUUGAAAGUUUUUGAAGAAAAAAAAAGGGACAAAAACAUCUUUAAUUGCAAUUAUGAUGGAUAUGGAAAUGAACGCUGGUUUGGAUGACGAUGCGAGCGAGGCUAGCGCAAGCACGUCGGAGGGUAGCUCAGUGAGCAUUACAUUUUGCAAUCUUGAAAAGCAAUAUGCAAAGAUACUGGAAGAGAUGAAAACCAACGAAGUGCUAGCUCCUUACAUGAUAGAAUAUACCAGACUUUUUGAAGCUUUGUAUAAUGCACACAGACUAGAAAAAGAGCUGAUGGAUAAAAUACAUUCAUUAAAGGAAGAAAAUUUUACGAAUACACACAGAAUAUUCGAAUUAAACCAAACGAUUAACAGAAUGGAGGAUGAAAUUAAUAAAUUAAAGCAAAAUAUAAUACGCGCAUUGAAACGAGCAGAUGCCGCUCAUACGCGUGAGCAAAACGCACAGGAUAUAAUCGAAAAUUUGAGAUUAAACGUACAACAAUUAAGUCAAGAAAUCGCACAAAAAAAUAGACAAUUAGCUGCUGGUGAAGAUACCAGUAUAGCAAAACAAAAAGAGAAUCUGAUACUAGAAAAAGAAAGACUGAUGAGUGAAGUGGAAACAUUAAAGGAACGGUUAAAAAAUAUGACUUUAUAUACGGAUGAAUUAGAAAACAGGACCAGCAUUGCAAGUCAGAAAAUAUCUGAAUUGCAAGAAAAUAUCGAUGUACAAUUAAGCGAAAUCUCGAGAGAACGUCGUGGUAGAUUAAAAGCCGAAGAAGAAGUUCUGCAAUUACAAGAUGAAUUAUCAGAAAAAAAAAGUGAUCUCGAGUCAGCAACUAUAACGAUAAACGCAAUGACUACGAACAUAGCGAAAUUGGAAUCUACGUUGAAAGAGCAAAAAACAUCUUCCGAAAAAAUGCAAAAGGAAAUAAAUAAGCUCUCGGUGAAAAAGUUGAAUCUCGAAACGGAUCUCGAAAAUGCGAACUCACAAGUAGAUACUUUGGAAAAAGAUGUGCUGGAAAAAGACAAGAAGAUAAAAGAACAAAAACAGAUAAAAUACAAAUUAAAAGAAGAUAUUUUAAAGCUUAAAACGGAGAGAGAUGUAAUGUCGAAGCGAAUUCAAAAAUAUGAAAUCGAUAAAUCUACUUUAGAAGAAGAAGUGAAACAAUUAUCAUCAAAAUCAAAGAAUUUGGCGCAUCAAAGGAUAUUAUUACAAAAACAAAUCGCUGCUAAGCAACAAGAGAUGGAGAUUCUUCUACGAGAAAGGAAUAUUCUAGCGCGAACCAAAGAGAACUUAGGUGAUCAGAUUAAAAGGCUUAAUCAUGAGAUGCUAGUAUGCGAGUACAGUAGAAGAAAAAUCGAACAUGAACUCGAUACUUCAAUGAGGGAUAUUCAGGAAGUUCAGUUACAUUUGGCUAUAGUGGAGAAGGAGAGGGAUAAACAUAAUCAGAUUGCUCAAGGUUUGGCACGAGAGGUGGAAGAGUAUAUAAACGAGGCAAAGCUGAAGCAAAUCGAAAUCUCAAAUUAUAAGAAACAUCUAGCCGAAGCAGAGGCCAAGUACCGUCAGCAACUGAAUCUAUACGAAAUGGUUAGAGCCGAGAGAAGUGCGUGCGGAAAAAGCUUGACAGAAGCGCAGGAAGAGAUACAAGAACUGAGGAACAAGCUGAAAGUGCUCAACCACCAAAUUGAACAGCUAAAAGAGGACAUUGCCUUCAAGGAAACCCAAAUGAUUAAAGAGCAGUUUCUUCGCAACAAAGUAGAAAAAGAAAAGGAAGGAUUGAGAAUAGAUCUGUUAUCAUGCCGCAAAGACAUGUCCGAUUUGAGACGGGAUAUCGAGUCGUUAAAGCAAGAGGAGAAGAGUUUGCGGCAAGUGAUCCUACGCGCUGAAACAGACAUUGCACGGCACAAGAAGGACAUCGAUAACGUCAUGAACGAGAGAGAUAUUCUGGGAACUCAGCUAGUCCGUAGGAACGAUGAAUUAACUCUUCAAUAUAGUAGAUUAAAGGUUUUGCAUGGAACGCUCCAACGAGGCGAGGUCCAGUAUAAUCAGAGACUGGAGGACAUUAGGUUAUUAAAAUUAGAAGUGAAAAAAUUAAGAACGGAGAAAUGCCUAUUAUUAAAAAAUAUUGAAAAUAUGAGCAAUCUACGUAAGGAAGUGUUUCAUUUAAAUCGAGACUUAACGAAGGAGAGGAUGAAGGUGAUGGCACUUGAGGAAGAGGUUCAAACGCCAUUAAACAUUCAUAGAUGGCGGAAACUUGAGGGUACCGAUCCAAGUACUUAUGAUUUAGUAAAGAAGAUUCAAAUUCUCCAGAAACGCGUGUUAAAAAUGGCAGAAGAUGCGAUUGAUAAAGAAAAGAAAAUAAAAGAUACCGAAAGAUUAUAUAUGAAUUUACGAGAAAUUUUAUCGAAACAACCUGGACCUCAAGUGACGGUUGCUCUUAGCAAAACUCAAAAAGCAUUGCGUGAGAGAGGUCAAAAAAAUGAAGUGUCUAUUGGCGGAGCUGAGCAUGUGCGAAGUUCAAAUGGGCGAGUACAAAAUUGGCAUGGAGAAAAUGACCAUCGAAAUGAGCAGUUUGAAGAAAAAGUACUUUGCGGAGAAGAAAAAACGAUACGAAGCAAAAGACUUGAAAACAAAAUCCGAGUCUAUCUUCCCCCCUUGUGUGGAUCGAAAGAAAUGCUUGGGGGGUGGAUUCAACAUGGUAGCUGGACCAACACCCAGAACUUAUUUCGUUGUAGAUUCUGCGUGCAGAUAAAGUUAUAUUACUUAACAAAGAAAGGAUACGGCUCGGUUAUGUUUACCAAGCUGACGAUACUCAAUUCUGUAAUGAAAAUAUAACAGUGAAAGUCGCAAAA